GGCUCGACAGCGGGCACCGCGUCAUCUGGCAAGGCAGUGGGCUCCGAGUCAACUGGCAUGACCGCGGGCACUGGGUCAGACAUUGGAUCGUCUGGCUGGACAGCGGGCAUCGGGUCACCAGGCAUCAGGUCAUUUGGCUCGACAGCGGGCACUGCGUCAUCUGGCAAGGCAGUGGGCACCACGUCACCAGGCACGACAGUGGGCUCUCUGAGUCAAUUGGCACGACAGCGGGCACCGGGUCAUCAGGUACCGGAUUGUCUGGCUCGACAGCGGGUAUCGGGUCACCAGGCAUCAGGUCAUUUGGCUCGCCAGCGGGCAACGCGUCAUCUGGCAAGGCAGUGGGCACCGAGUCACCAGGCACGACAGCGGGCUCAGAGUCAAUUGGCAUGACAAGCGGGCACCGGAUCAGGUACCGGAUCAUCUGGAUCAACAGCGGGCAUCGAGUCAACUGGC